UCUUGAGAUAUGGGCACCAUACAACUGCUGCAUAUUCCAACUUUGGUCUCACAAAGGUCAUGAGCAAUUUCUUUAAUAUUUUGCCAUCCAUGUAUUUAAAAGUGAUUCAAGAGUUGAAAGCUGUAGCAUAUGCUCAUCGCAAAUGUUCUUUGUGAUCUUCUCGUGGCAGUUUUUUUUUUUAUCCGGAACUUCCCCCAGAACUCUCUUCCUUUAUUAGAAUUCUUUAAAGCUUUUUUGCAUAAUUUGUAGGUUGUGUGUGUCCUCUUUUUCUUGUAUUCCACAAUCCAUAAUGUGGCAUUUAUUCGCAUUUUCAUUUGCCAAGUGUUGCUCCACAUACUGUAGUUAUUUUCUCCAGGUCUUCACAUCUGCUGAAUGCAUGGAAGAAUAACAUGUACUCUUUCAUGUUUCCUAAUUGGUUCUGUAAAUGUUGACUGCUGUAUAUGCAAUCUGCUCUCCCUUUCAUAUCACUUGGGCUGGAUGGUAGAGCGACUGUCUCGCUUCCUGGAAGUCGGCGUUCAAUCCCCGACUGUCCAAUUGGUUGGGCAUCAUUCCUCCCUCCUUCCCCCUGUCCCAUUCCAAAUCCUUAUCCUGACCCCUUGAUACAAAAUCAUACUGAGAUAUGGAAACCAACAUCGUCUGCAGCAUUCCCUCAAGUGAUGAUUUUUAAUUUCUUCUCCGAGUUGAUAAUGGGUGUAAAGGAGAGUGGGAGAGUGUGUCUCCUGUCAUACCAGCAUCUUCCUAUGCUUUAGUGAUGGUGUGUUUACAUCCCUGUGUCCCCCAUGGACCUCUCACCAGACUUCAGUGUGAGUAAUCAUCAGCUGGCAAGAAGUGGGAGUCAUACCCGUAGUCUGUCGGUCUCAGACUUGUCCCUUGCUUCAUUCCUCCCCGAGACUGUCAAUGAUGCUAUUGUUAAUGGCACCUAUGACAGAAAUCUCAAUAAGGAAACAGCUGUCAACAGAAACCAUGCUGGUGCAAUGGGUUGCUGGGAUGAAUUGCCCAGAAAAUCAUAUAGUCUUCCGCACCGCUACAAGACCCACCUCAUGGGUGGGUGGCGUGCACUGGGAAGAGAUUGCUCAAAUAGUCCAUCCAUACCACCCAUCUCCCCCUCAGAAUUUAAACAACAGUUCACGCUUAUGAGACAGUGGUUCAACAGCUUUACAGAUGAGCAGAAGAACCGUGUUUUAGCAGAAUUGCUCGAACACAUUGGUCCAAGCCAGCUGCAUCUCCUCUCGGUUGCCAUUGGAGGUCGGCUGCACCACGGAUGUCCGCCCAAUUGUCAAGACCCUAUUGGUUGGCUCCCACCUGGUCUUGCUCUCACUAUAUUUUCCUAUCUUGACCCAGUUUCCUUGGCUCAAGCAUCACAAGUGUGCAAAGCCUGGUAUAAUUUGGCCUCGCGAGACUGUUUAUGGCGGAAUCUCUCGUUUCAUCGUGAAUGGCAACUUUCCCUUUCUUCUCACAAUAAGCAGUUAACACGUUGCCUACAUAAGGAUGGUUCAGUAGACUGGAAACAGGUAUUUGUAGAGCGUUAUCGACUCCAUCGUAAUUGGAUGGGAGCGCACUGCCAUGUGCGAACAUUUGAAGGUCACACAGAGGGUGUUUCUUGUGUGCAGUUUGAUGAUCAUCGAAUAGUUUCUGGUUCUCAUGAUAACACAAUAAAGGUGUGGAACAUGCGGACUAAUUCGCGAUGGUCAGUGCAGACAUUAGUGGGUCACUCGGGCAUGGUCCGCUGUCUUCACUUAGCCGGUAAUCGACUUGUUAGUGGCUCAGCUGAUGCUACAAUAAAGGUUUGGGAUGUAGAAGAAACCAGUCAAUGGUCAUCAAUUAACUGCAAGGUCACAAUGAUUGGGCACUCUUCAACUGUCCGGUGUCUUCAGGUUGAUGGGGAACGCGUGGUAAGUGGCAGCUAUGACCAUUUAGUCAAGGUGUGGGCACUGGCUUCAGGCGAGUGUCUCCGAACUCUCACUGGGCAUCAAGCUCCUGUGCUUACUGUUGCCUUUGAUGACAAUAAAAUCAUAUCUGGUGCAGCUGAUAAAACCAUUAAGGUUUGGCAGCUAGAUUCAGGCCUGUGCCAAAAGACACUCGUGGGCCAUGAAGAUGCAGUUACCACUUUAACCUAUGACAACACUACCAUUAUUUCCGGGUCACUUGACUGCACUAUCCGCCUAUGGUGCCUCUCGUCUGGCCAAUGUCUGGGUGUCCUUGACUGGAUGUCUAGUGAAGGUCAUACAGGUGUAAUACGGUGCCUAGCUGCCGACUCAAGGCGAAUUGUGAGUGCUUCCGAUGAUAAAACAAUUAAGGUCUGGGACCGGGAAUCUCGUCGGCGGUUAGUGACUCUGAGAAACCACACUGAUGGUGUCACGUGCCUCGCAUUCAAUGAUCACGUGAUAGUAAGCGGGUCUUACGAUAAGACUGUCAAACUUUGGGAUUUCAGUGUGUGUUAGUUUUACCCGAAUGUGCUGCAGGUAAAUAGUAGCAAGAUGAGCAUACGUGAUUGUGAAAGUAUUUAUAUAAUUUAGGAUGAUUUAUUGUUACUUACUUCUCUUGAAAUUUUUGACUGGAAUGCUUGUUCAGCUUUGAGCUUAUUUGUGUGAAUGCAUUUAAUUGUUGCGUGGUUGUGUUAAUUUUUGUUAUGGAGGAAUGUACUCUUAAAUUAAUCUUAUUAGUCGUUAAUUAUUUUAUACUCGUAAUAUUACUAAUGAAACUAUGAUAUUCUCAUCCAAUAUAAAAAUAGUACAAGCUCAGUUUUCACUACAUACAAUAUGGUUACAGUGUAAAAUAUUAGGCGAGCCAUUGUCAAAGUCAUCAAAUAGUAGUUUAUUUUUUUUUAUUUUUUUUAUGAUGUGCUUUAUUAUUUCUAAAUAUACAUGUUGCAAGGUGAAACAGAAAUUUGCACAGAUCAAAUUGUAGAUGUUUUGCAAAACAAUGUGGUGAAGGCAUGUUGUUAUCAGCAAGUUGUGUACCUCAAGUCCCACCUUUGGCUAAGGUUGACUUGAUUGUUUGUCUUUAACUUGCUGCAUAUUUACAGCUAGCUAUACAUAAUAUUGUAAUUUCAUACAUUUAAUUCUUUAAUAUAUAACUUACUCUGUGAAGAGUAUAAAUGUAAAUUAUCCUUGUUGAUUCCAGUGUAAGUUUACUCAGGUUUCUAUUUAUUUUCAUUUUCAUUUGUAUCCAAAUAUCAUUGCAAUACUCUAGAUUCUCAUCCCAUGCAAUGUGGAGAGGAAUAGUUGAUGGAAUGUUAUCUUUACUAUGAAUAAAUAUGGUUGCUUUAGGUAUAGGGAGUCACAGACAUAGCUGUUGUGAUAUUACCACAAAAGAAUAGCAGCAUUAACGUAUAUAUCAGAGAUGUUAUUUCCUCUCUGAUAGUAGUGUAGCAGCUGUAAGAGAAGUCUUGCUAGUCACUGAAUGAGUUGUGGUAUGGGAGUGCAGGAAAGGUUCCAGUGACCUUUGACUGUAGAGCUGAGGCAUGUUGUUAUGCCUCCUCUGUCCCAAAAUAAUUAACUGAAAAAAACCUGGGAGGACUGAGCCUGUGGGUACUUUUCCCUAAAUUUGGGUAUAGAGUUCCUCGGAUAUUUGUCUCAUUCUCAAGUCGGGUAUGAAUAAGCAUACUUAUUACUCCAGCAACAUGAUUCAUUGCAUGGUCAGCAUGUGCAUUGCCAAUGCUCAUAUCUUGAGGUAAAAGAUGUGUUUUAAUGCUUCAUGUGGCUUACCUAUUUCACUGGGCAAGUAAGUUUUCAUGUGAUUUCUUACUCGUCUAUACAAAUAUUAAAUAUCUAUAAUAUAAAUUUGAACAAUAGCUACGUUAUUAUUCUCUUUAUUAUACAUAACUACAAGCUACAAUGCCUAUGUAUUAAACUUUUUUUAGAAGGUUGAGCACUCUUAGCAAACAAAAUUCCUCAAUUGCUUGGAGACCUAAGCAGUCUCUUUUGCAUCUAAAAUAUAGACAUUUUGGUGAAAAACAUAUUUAUCAUUCAUUACUAAACCAUAUUGAAAUAUUUUAUUGAAUAAAGCUAGAGGAUUUAAGUGUGUAUAUAUAGAAGUAUAGUAUACAAAAAUGAAGCGUGCAUAUGAAUGGGCUAAAGCGGUAUAGGAUCUGUGCAGAGAUUAUGAUGUGUUACUUCCCAUCAUUAACUGCUCACUGCCUGUUGUUAUUAUUUCUAGACAUAUGCUUAUAGAAGAAAGAAUAUUGGUAUUCACUUAAAAACACCGCUGAACUUUUCAAGUUAUUCACAUAGUAGUGUAUUGGAUAUGUUAUGGUACAACUUUACCAUAACUUAGAGCAUGAUGUGGGUCACAGCCAUGGAGAGUGAAAGUCUCAUCAUAUAUGAUAGUCUUCAAUUAUUAUUAUUAUUAUUAUUAAAUGUUGUAUUCAUCUUUGGAUAAUUUAUGUAGUAAAGCAACAGAUGAAUUUCUGCAUGUCCAACAAAAUACUGUAUAUGUGUAUUCUCCACAGCACUUUUUACAAAACUUUUGUUUUCUGUGUUUAGUUUGAUUUAUUAUAUACAAAAUACAUAAUGGUAAUAAAGCAUUUGUAUUUUCAUAAAGAUUAGAAAUGUUAAUGAGAAAUUUAUUAUUAUUAUUAUUAUUAUUAUUAUUAUUAUUAUUGAGAAGCUUACUACAAUACCCUAGUGUUUGAAUGAAGGUGAAGAAAAGACCAAUACUUGUGUAAGUAUAUUAUUAAACUGAAUUUUUCGAUGACUCUGCAUCCUUUAUCAAGGUGGUGUAAACAGUGUAUUGAACCAAACUUUUAAGUGCCUGUGUUUAUAUAUCCGGCAGAGUGCCUCAAAUGGGUCCAUCGUUAGAGAUCAUUAUGAUUAUGCUCUCCAGGGACUCUAAUGUAUGCCAAAACCUCUGAGGAAUGAUCAAAUGUCGUGGAUUCUGGGAACUGUGGGCCAGGUACCACUGAGACAUUAUUCCCAUUAUUAUUAUUAUUAUUAUGAGACAUCAUAAUCAUAAUGAUCUCUAAUGAUGGACCCCAUUUGAGGCACUCUGCCAGACAUAUAAACACAAGCACUUGGAAGGUUGUAUGAAAAGUGUAUUGAAUCAAGGAUGUAGGUUCAUCUGAAAAUUCAGUUUAAUAAUACUGUACACACAAUUAUUGAGCUUUUCUUCACCUUUCAUCAUUAUCAUUAUAAAAUGCAAAGAAAGUUUUCAAUACAGUAGUAAAAAUAUUACUGACUUAAGAACGAGGAUCGUGAGCCUUAACCCUUACAGGGCACAAAUGAUACAUAUGCACUGUAUAUGAUUUUGGCCUAACUGACUGGAGGGUGCAUAACAUGCAUGUGUGUUUUGGAGUAUUGUGUAAGAUUUAAAAGUCCUGUGGCUACGCAGGGUUCACGUUGGCUUUCUCCGAGCGACAGUAAAUAGAUGCCAUUUAAAAAAAAAAAAAAAGUGUGGGCACCAUUGCUGGGUGUGAAGGCCGAGUGUAGUAC